AAAAUGGGGCUCCUGUUGGGAAGGGGGAACCCCUUUGGGGCUUUUCUAGGGGCAGCAGAAUGUUCUGGGCAGGAGAAUCCCUGCAGGGCCUCUGAGGCUGCCUUUGCUUCUUCCUCCCUCCCAGGAACCUGCAUCUUCUGAGCUCCUCAGGAAGGACCAAAGCGGCUGACCCUGCAAACCUAGCAAGGAUGGAAGGAGGAAGAUGGACGGUUGACCUUAUCAGACUGCCUCCUGCAUCCCUCCCCAGAACCUCUGGGCGUUUUCUCCCAGGGCCCUCAGAGACAUCUGCAGGUAAUGGAAACAAUAGUCAGAAUUCCAAAAAUCCACCUGUAAUUUCAUUGAAGAAACCAUUUAAAUGCAUGGAGUGUGAAAAGAGCUUCACUCAGAAAGGACACCUUACUACACACCAGCAAACUCACACAGGGGAGAAACCCUUUAAAUAUACUGAUUGUGGAAAGACAUUUGCUGAUUCUGGAAGCCAUGCAAAACAUCAACGAAUUCACACAGGGGGAAAACCAUUUAAAUGCAUGGAGUGUGGAAAGUGUUUCAGACUAGGUGGAACCCUUACACAGCAUCUACGAAUUCACACAGGGGAGAAACCUUUUAAAUGUACCGAAUGUGGAAAGACAUUUGCUAAUCCUGGAAGCCAUGCACAACAUCAACAAAUUCACACAGGCAAGAAGCCAUAUCAGUGUAUAAAAUGUGGAAAGUCGUUCAGUCAGAAAGGACACCUUACUACACACCAGCGAACUCACACAGGGGAGAAACCCUUUAAAUGUACUGAUUGUAGAAAGACAUUUGCUGAUUCUGGAAGCCAUGCAAAACAUCAGCGAAUGCACACAGGGGGAAAACCAUUUAAAUGCAUGGAGUGUGGAAAGUGUUUCAGACUAGGUGGAAGCCUUACACAGCAUCUACGAAUUCACACGGGAGAAACCUUUUAAAUGUACCGAAUGUGGAAAGACAUUUGCUAAUUCAGGAAGCCAUAUGAAACAUCAACAGAUUCACACAGGGGGAAAACCAUUUAAAUGCAUGGAGUGCGAAAGGAGCUUCAGUCAGAGUGCAAGCCUUACUAGACAUCUACAAACUCACACAGGGGAGAAACCAUUUGAAUGCAUGGAGUGUGGAAAGUCAUUCAGUCAGAAAGGACACCUUACUACACACCAGCGAACACACACAGGGGAGAAACCCUUUAAAUGUACUGAUUGUGGAAAGACAUUUGCUGAUUCUGGAAGCCAUGCAAAAGAGCAGCGAAUGCACACAGGGGAAAAACCAUUUAAAUGCAUGGAGUGUGGAAAGUGUUUCAGACUAGGUGGAAGCCUUACACAGCAUCUACGAAUUCACACAGGAGAGAAACCCUUUAAAUGCAUGGAGUGCGGAAAGUGUUUCAGCCAGACGACAAUCCUUCAUUCACACCAGCGAACUCACAUGGUGGAAGCCAUUACAAUGUAUGGAGUGUGGAAAGACAUUAGCUGAUGCUAUAAGCCAUGCAAAACAUCAACCAACUCACACAGGAGAAACCAUUUGAAUGCAUGUUUUAAGUCAUUCAGCCAGAAAGAACACCUUACUACACACCAGCAAACUCACACAUGGGAAAAAUAUUUUAAAUGUUUGGAGUGUGGAAAGUGCUUCAUUACUAAUGGAGCACUUUGGAAACACCAGCGAAUUCACAUAGGGGGAAAACCACUUAAAUGUAUGGAAUGUAGAAAGUGGUUCAGGUGGAAUCAUCAACUUCACAUCUGUGAACUCACACAAGAGAAAACAUUUAAAUGUAUGGAGUGUGGAAAGACUUUCACUGAUAGUGGGAUGUUUAGAAAUCAUCACCGAAGUCAUACGGGGGGGGGGGGGCUUUAAAAGUGUGUGGAGUGUGGGAAAAGAUUUGGUCAGGGGUUAACACUUAGAAAACAUUUAGCAGCCCACACAGAGGAGGAAAACCAUGCGUGGAGUGUUUCUAUCAGUUGCCUUUAUUUUGCACCUAUGAACUUACACAGAAAAUAAAGCAUUUAAAUGCAUGGAGUGUGGAAAGAGCUUCAGUGUGAGCAGGGCAAUAUGGGCCUGUGAACAAGAGGAGUGGAGUGGAAUGACACAGUUAAAUUACUCCCAGUUGCAACGUUCAGAAGUGAAAGUAACAGCAAUGAAGGAAGACCUGCUUGUCGAAAUGAUAUAUGGAUUAUUUAGCCCCAGGGGGAGGUAAGCUUUUAAUACCUUAUUUUUUUGACAUAUUGCAUUCCCAGUUUUACUUGGUAACCCUCCCCCAGAAAGGCAAAGAAGCAAGCUGGAGAGAUUUUGGCUGCCAUUUUGAUCUGAUCAUAUCUGGACUGAGUGUGGAUUUGGGGCAGUCAUCCUUAGUGGGAAGAUUGAAAGUUUUGGACUGAGUUAUUAAGAUUUGGCAGAAGACACCAGUUUGUGAAGGGAUGUUGUGAAUUUAUUGAGGGGAAUCCUGGAUAGCUGCCAAGGGCAGAUGAUGUGCCUUUGGGAUUUGAAUAUUAUGACCCUUGAGAGCAGAAAUGGAAAAUGGACUAGUUGGAUUUCAACAAGGAUUUCACACAGAACUAUAGAUGUGGAGGUUGAACAGACCAGUGGCUGUCAAAAUAAGAAUAAAAAUUAAAGGACAAUGAAGUGGAUUAACAUCGGAGUGGUUUAUUGAAGAAUUAUGAAAUGCAACGUGACUUUAGUUGAUCAGGACUCUGCACACCUCAAAGCAUGAGAAGACACCCUAAAAAAUAUAUAAUUCGGCAUCUAAAUUUGGUUUUUUAAUUAUUUGUGUUGAUUUGGAAUGUUUUAAUGUGGUUUUUAUUGGUUAUUAAAAUAGAAAAAUGAAUAAAUAUUAUUAAAAAA